AUAUGGACGAAGGCACAUUACGUGCAGUCAUAUACUUGUAGAGUGUUCAUUCAAAGAUAAGAGUAUCUAUAAACUUUAUUCAUAUACAGAAGAUGCAGAUUUUGGAACAGAAUUGAUGUGACAUACACGGGUAUUAAUAAGAUAUUUUUAGCGAUAUAACAACAGGUAUUUAACAAUUAGGAUGCAUAGCUCAAUCGUUGCCAUGCCGACCAGUUACGUAGAUCUUCAUGAGGCAGCUUUCAGUGGGGAUAUCAGAACAUUGGAGAAAUUGAUAGGUGCCAACGGAAUGUGUCCAAACAAGCCCGACCACGCAGGACGCACGUCACUACACCACGCCUGCAUGAAUGGAUGGCUUGAAUGCGUGAAAUACCUAAUAGAUAACGGCGCGUCAGUUAUUGCGACUGAUGUAUCAGGUUGUACCCCGCUCCACUGUGCAGCGUCCAAUGGCUAUGUAGAAACGGUCAAAUGCCUCAUAAACAAAGGAAAUGCCAGCGUUUCAGUUCGAUCCAAAAAGGGUCAUACUCCGAGAUAUAUGGCAAAAUCAAGAUAUCAAACAAAGGUUGUUGCGUUCUUUAACGAAAUCGAGAAUAAAAUGGGAGGGACGCCUUGGCUGCAAAAUUAAGUGAAAAUAUGGGAUGUACAUGUAGAUACAAAGCAUAUCCGACUUGCAAGGUGUUAAGCUGGAGCAACUGAAAGCUUGUGAAUCGAGGGGGAUAUAAAUUCACACUAUCUAUUAAUAUUGAGUGUAAAUAUUACUCACACAUAUAUACAUUUGUACUAUUUUAAUAUAUGUCAAGUGACAUUGUCUGACACUCACAUGUUCUAUAUAACUGAUGAAACUCCCUUUGAUUACAUUCGUUAGAAGGGAAUUGAUAUUUUGGAUUUUGUAACGAUAAGGGUAACAGAGCUUUAUACAAUAUGAACGUAGUUACCCUGGAUAUUAGAGAGAUUUGUAACUUAUAUUUAUAGCAUGUGUAUUAUUUCCGACGACGAAAUCUCUCGAUUAUCAUUUAACACAAUUUAUAUAACAAUAGAACCAAGAUUCCGAGGUGUAUUGUUAUUUCAUCGAAACUCAUCUGGCAUAAGACACCUGGAUUUCUAGGGCCGGUAUUGAUAUAUUUAACUCAAUUUAUUUUGCAAAAUCUACUAUAUUAUUAUCUAACUCAACAUAUAAGACAACAGGCCGUCUGUAUCUUCCGGAAAUGUUUAUUCACUCGGAUUGUGUCAAAAAUUAGUAAAGGCACUCGGUAGUAUCGAACCCAGUUUACAAACUGGACGCCACAUUUGGUUCAGUUUGAACAAUCUGUCUAAAAUUUGGAUCAGUCGCACUGUCUAGUGAUUUAAAACCACAUGUAUGUAUGUCGUGUAAAAAUGGAAUACAUAUACACCCAUGUACAUUAUUAAUCUUAAAGUGUAUAUUGGGGCUCGAAAAAUGUUGUUUGAACUCA